AUGAGCAAACCAGCAGCCCCCCCGGCCCAAACCGCCGGCUCCUCCACAUACACCCCCUUCCUCCUCAAGCUCUACGACCUCGUCGUCCUCACCAUCUCCAACUCGUACGCCUGGCACUGCUCCACCACCGCCGUCCAGCUGCCCCUGUUCCGGUCCUCGCUCGGCCGCCGGCACCUCGACGUCGGCGUCGGCACCGGCUACUAUCCCGCCAACGCCCUCAAGGCCUCCUCCUCCUCCGCCGCCGCCGCCAACGGCAACGGCAACGGCAACAACAAGACGCCCUGCCGUGAGAUUGUCCUCCUCGACCUCAACCCCAACACGCUCGACCUCGCCGCCGCCCGCAUCGCCGCCGCCACAGCCACCACCAGAAGAAGACCCGGCUCACAGCAGCGCAAGGAGGGAGAGGAGGACGGCGACGACGACCAAGGGGGGGUCAAGAUCCGCUCCGUCGUCGCCGACGUCACCGACUCAGCAACGCUGCUCCCGCUGCUGCCCCCCGGCGACGAAAAGUUCGACUCCGUCAGCGUCUUUUACCUCUUGCAUUGCCUCGCGGGCCCGCCGGAGAGCAAGAACCGCGUGUUCGACCUGCUCAAGGAGUACGUUGCCGACGGGGGCGUCCUCGUCGGCACCACCAUCCUGGGGGAGGAGAGGCCGAUGAACUGGCUCGCGAGGAGGCUCAUGACGAUUUACAAUGCAAAGGGCAUCUUUGACAACUGGAAGGACUCGAGGGCCGUGUUUGAGGAGGGGCUGAGGAGGAACUUUGAAGAGGUGGAUGUGCAGAUUAUCGGGAGGACGAUGGUGUUUACUGCGAGGAGGCCGAUCAAGGCUUCUUCGUCAUGA